CAUGAUGAUCGUAUAGUCGGUGCUGCCGCGGGCGCCAGCCGCCGCCGCCGUCGACGUGCAGUCAGUUUUUGAUUCGGCUACGCGACGCACGUUUAACCGCCGGCUGUUGUCCCCGGCGCAAUGAGCGAGAAGCGUGUCAUGUGACACGCGCGAGCGACGGUCAGUUCGCACGUAACAUACAUUAUAAUAUAAUAAUAAAAAGGAGACAUAUCGCCGUUCGAUUGAUACAUACAAUAAUAAUAAUAACAAUAAUACCCUAGUUUGUAUGCACAUCCAGUAGUAUACAACGUAUACGAUUAAAAGUUUAUUUUUAUAUCACGGGAUCUGGACGAACGGAGUUCCUCCUCUUAUCACGUCACACAACCUUCGCAUUGCACCUGCGAUAAACGUGUUAUUGAUAUGUUACCGGAAGUAAACCCGGUUCCCCCCCGGUAACAGUAACGAAACAGUGAAUUUUAAUAUUACCAACGAACAAUCCAAGUGGAAUUAACGUUGUAUAGAUUCAAGUAAAAAAACGCAAAUAAAAGAUACCGAUUAAAAAUAAAUUCUAACCAAAUACUUACGUCAAUAUGGAAUAUCAGUAAUAAUAAUAAUAAUAAUAAUAAUAACAUCAACAGAAUACUCCUAAUAACAAAAAAGAAUAAAAACAGAACGACGAUAUAACAAAGAAAAAGCGGGGUUGCUAGAAGGAGGAGGAGGAGGGGAGAGGGAAGCAACAUUUUUUUGCAACACUAAAAUAUAUAAGACGUUCGCGGAUCCCGACGACAUGUAGCCGCGGUCAGGGGUUAGAGGGGGUGACGUAGAGUCAGUAAGCGUCGCCGAUAGGAGAUGGAAGAGGCGUGUUGCAUCGGACACCAUCACGUUGCAGGUAUCAGGAGAAGAAUAGACGAUGUCGCGGCUGAUGGUUUGGGGUUGGCUGAUGACGGUUAUCUCGAUGUCCGUCAUCGUCGGCACCGUCGAUGCAGCAGCAUCGACGAGAAUUUGCGCGGAGGGUUGCGUGUGCGGCAACGGAGGAACGCCGGAUUUGUCGUGUUCGGAUCGAAGUUUCAGCGGUUUGGAAUUGUCGGAGGAUGUGGCAUUUGUUUCCCUCGUGAAUGUUUCAUCGUCGAGUAUAACGGCGACGAUAUUAUCGCCGGCGAAGCGACUGCGGAUGUUGACGUGGAGGAAAAGCGACGUAGAGAGUUUAGAAACGGGAGCAUUUCAAGGCGCCACGCUUCUACAGCGAUUGGAUCUAGGUGACAACAAGCUCGCAUCGUUGACCGGCGACGUGUUUAGAUCGUUGGUGAAUUUGACAUUUUUAAAUCUAACGCACAACAGACUCGUCCACAUCGACAAAUACUGUUUUCAGGAUCUCGUAUCGCUCGACGAACUUCACAUAUCUAACAACAAACUUAGCUUCAUACCUUAUCAGCUAUUCUCACCGGCGAAAAAUCUCCGCUACCUCAACGUCGCCGGGAAUCGUCUAGUCUCUCUACCCGAUAACAGCUUCGCGCCCAACAAAGCUUUACGGGAAUUGAUAUUGUCGAAUAACCGGCUGACCAAGCUGCCUUCAAACUUGUUUUCCGGUCUUCGUCAGCUCCGCUUCCUCGCUCUUGACGGUAACGUGAUCCACCAUAUUCCCCGGAGCUUCUUCGCCGACCUGGAGAACCUGGAGAGUCUCGAUCUCGGCGAUAAUCCGAUCGCCAAUCUUUCGAACGUCGCGUUUCAAGGGCUUGCCAAUCUCCGUUGGCUAAGUCUGGCAAGGACUCAGAUAUCCUCGAUACCUCGUGACAUAUGGAAGCCGAUCAGCGGUCUGGAAUCGCUGAUAUUGUCCGGGACGAAAAUCGAGGAGAUACGGGACGGGAAUUUCGCCGGUUUGUCGAGCCUCCGAAGCAUCGAUAUAAGCAACGCCUCGCUCCGUGAUUUCGCCUCAAGGGCGCUCGAGGACACGCCGCUUCUUCGUAAACUCGACAUGCAGCAGAACAACCUCGCCUUUCUCCCAGCCUCCCUUGCCUCCCUUCCUCUGGAAGAACUGAACCUUGCGAAUAACUCGUGGGCGUGCGACUGUCGCAUGUUUUGGUUCAUAAAAUGGGCCGAGAGCCAGGAGUACCCGGGCGCCUUCGAAACGGGAUUGAAAUGCGGGACCGUCGACAACGGCGACACCCUCUUCACCCUUCGUUACCUCAAUUGCACAGCCCCUUCGUUGGCCUUCGCCACUUCCACGGCCGAGUACGUUCUUCUCAGUUCCGUGCUCCUCGAGUGCGAAUUCAACGGCAACCCGGCUCCCUCGAUAACCUGGGUCACCCCGAGCCUACGGAUACUCCACUGGAACCCGGAUCCUUCGUUCCCCGACGCCUUCGUCGGACAUCCCGCCUCGCACAGGGCCGACGUUAAGACCGUCGACGACAGGGUCAGGGUGCUCGAUAACGGCUCGUUAUACAUCGAAAGGCUGCUGCGCGAGGACGUCGGCAUCUACAAAUGCUUCGCGGUCAAUCCCAUAGCCAACGCUACAACCUACGUCACUCUGCACAUGGACCGGAUCACCUACUACCAUACAAAAAUACUCAGCAUCGCUGUCGGCGCUGCGUGCGCGGCCGGAUUUCUCCUCAUCACUUUGUUCGUACAGUUUCUUCGUUACCUUUUCAACAAAUGCGGAUGUGAGCGUUGGUGCUGCUGCUGCAAGAAGGUGGGUGUUACGCCCCGUGCUAAACAGAUACACCAGAUGCUCGACAAUAUAGAACAGUACAAAAGUCAGCAGUUGGAAAGACUGAGGGAGAAUUAUACCCAGCAGGUGCACAGAAUAAAGGACAAUUGCGCCGAGCAGGUCGAAUGGAUACGGGACAGCUACGAGGGACAGAUGCGUCACAUCAGAGACAUUCGCGAUUACGGAACCAGCCAUCUGACAGCACUUCGCGGACAGUACUACGAUCAGGUGAAACGAGUCCGAGAUUAUUCGACUGGUCAGCUGAACUGGGUACGAGAGAACUACGUCUUCCAGCGUAACAAGAUACGUAAAUUCAGCGCGCACCAAGUGCUCCGUUUCCGGGAGAGCUACAAAUACCAACAGCAAACGUUGAACAAGGUAUUGGAAAACCUGCCGAGUCUUUACCUGGACAAUUGCAGAAGCGGUUCUUGCGGCAAGAGCGACUCGAUAGUAUUCGACCCCAACGACAUUACCGGCAUGGACACCUACUUCAAGGCAAAAAUAAACAAGCUAGUGGAAGGCGGAGCGAGCCUAGAUGACAUAAACAGCGUCUACUAUACCCCGACAGAAAUAUCAGCCUCUACAAGCCCUCAAACCGGAAGUGGAUUGCAGGAUGGUCUCCAUAUCAAUUACAUAGAACACGGUCCCCCACCCCCGUUGGAUCCGCCCCUAGAUAUCUCGACGUUUUCAACUCCCGUUCGCGGGUUGAGGAAAUUCUCGUCGAGCUGCGAACGCGGCGACGGCACCGACGCUCCAGUUUUUCGCGGUGCUAGUGCGGGGGCGUUGGCCGGGGAGCCGCGCGACAUCAUCGAGGGUCUUGGACUGUUGUCAAGUGGAACCAGCCUGCCUGACAUACCGCGGGAAACUCGGCUCUAGGAGGAUCAUCCGGGACGACUGAAAAGGGGCGACGUACGUCGUGGAAACGGUAAUAAUUACAUUACCGCAGACGAUACGUUCCUCGGGCGGUUAAUCGGUGCCAAGGUUGUCUCCGGAUGGAUUUGCAGUAGUAAAGGGAAGAGAAGAGGUCGGAGACUCAGUGAUGAUUAUGAUUAUAUCCGUGAUACGAAAAGGGACUGAUAGUAUGCUAUAUAUUACUGCUACUUCUUUUUUAUUAUCUGCUUUUUCAAGUUUUUUCUUUUUCCCAUAAUGUGCGCGCGGUGUAAGGAAUAUACUUUUAGCUUCGAUUUGUAUUUUCGUUUGUUUUUUGUUGUUUUUUUUUCCUUGGUCAGUUCAUUCCUUGCGUUUGCUUUUUUUUUUUUUUUUUUUUUUUUUUUUAAUUAGAGUAUGAAAAGUAACGUUUGUAAUAUUGAGU